UCUUGACGAUUUAUGUGUCUUCGUAACCAUUCCAUUAUUUGACGCCUGAUUUGGAUUUUUAUGUGUCGUGGUGUCGGCCAUUUCCACUUCAUUAUUCGCUACGCAUCGAUUCAUAAUUUUCAUUGUAAUAUGAACGUGUCGAUGCCGCAUGUGUUCUGACAGAAAUCCUUCGAGGCGAAGUUGAAACCUCCCCCCGGAAGAGGAGCAGAAAGGGAGCAAUAUCCAUCCGCUCCCGCUGACCUGUCUUGCGUGUUACUGCCUUUAUUUUAAUACACUCCGGGGGUCAGUCUAAAAAAUCUUGCUGUCGUUUGAAGCCUCUUUUCACUUUAAGUACUGUCACUGUCCUGAUAAAGACAUGGCUGCGGAUGGAAUGGAAUACAACAUCGUGUUUCCAGAGGCAGCUACGUCCGAGUCACGCUGGAAGGGGACAAAGGAACCAGUUGUUAUUCUGCUCGGUUGGGCCGGAUGCAAAGACAGACACCUUUCCAAAUACAGUGCCAUCUACAACGAACAGGGCUGUGUCACAAUCUGCUACACUGCUCCCCUGAGGAGCGUCUUCAUUUUGGAGCCUUUCGGCUACAAGGAGCUGAGAACCACGGCCCUUAAGUUGCUUGAGCUCUUGUUUGACUACGAGGUGGAAAACAGUCCCAUCUUCUUUCACGUGUUCAGCAACGGCGGCUUCAUGCUGUACCGCUACAUCGUGGAGCUGCUGCAGAGCCAACCGCAGUUCCAGACGCUCAGCGUCAUCGGAACAGUGGUGGACAGCGCACCGGACAGUGGGAACGUCCUCGGAGCGGUGCGUGCGCUUAAAGCCACUUUGGGUCCUAAAAUACACCCGGUCCUCACCUCUGUGCUCCUGUCGCUUUUUGCUGCAACAGUCUUUUUGUUGCGAGUUGUGUUGUAUCCGCUGACCAAGUACAUCCAUAAGAACCACUAUGAUGCGGUGCAGGAGAGCCCCCCCACCUGGCCCCAUUUUUACCUGUUCUCCCAAGCCGACCAGGUGAUCCGGCACUGCAGUAUUAAGCUUUUCAUGGAGACUAUGAAACGUAAAGGAGUCUCAGUGGACAGUUGUGAUUUUGUCUCCAGCUCCCAUGUCAGCCACUUCAGAGAUUUCCCUGAGCAGUACACGCACCUGUGUCUAAACUUCCUCAACACAUGCAUGAAAGACACGGUGGGAACCCAAGGGAAGAGGAGACUCCGGGUAGAAAAUCAGUAAUGAACAGAAUUAUUUUUUUCUUCUUUUUUUGAUACGAGAGGAUCUGUGAUCGUCCACAUGGGGACGGUGUUCUUCAGACACAGAGCACUACAUCCACGCCUGUUUGCAUGUUGUUUCAGUUGACCACUCGCAGUUGCGAAACCUAACACUGGUAAAUGAGAUUAAUAUAUUUGGGUGUUUAAUGCUGCUAUGCAAUUGUAGAAAUCAGUAGGUCAUGUGACUAAGAAUACAAAUCAGGCUUCAAAUAACCAAGAGCAAAGGUCAUGCAGGAGAUUGAUGUGGUCAAACCGAUGUGUUCUCAACUUCUGAUGUGCCUUCAAUAAAUCAAAAAUA